CCUUUUUCUUUUUGUCUUUUUUAUUUUAUUUAACAGCAUGGCUCCUCUGCAUACUGCUGGGUGGAUGCUCCUGGCCUGGGGAUUGAUACACACGUGUUCAUCCUCUUACUAUGAUGGGGUUGAGGAAGUGAACAAUGACUUCAUUGAAAUUUGUGCAAAGGAAGCCAAACACCUGGUAGAUACGGCCUAUAAAAACACCCGCCAAAUUUUGAAAGAACGCUUAAUGAGUAAAUCGCUUGAUGCCCGCGAUCUCAUGGCUUACUUCAAGCAGCCUGUUGCAGGAAGCAGGAACGCCAUCAGAGCUGCUGAUUACAUGGGCACUACCCUCCAGCUCUUGGCGGGAAAAGUGAAAUAUUUUAAUGACCGUCCUUUCAAUAUAUCAGAUCUAUUAACAAAGAACCAGUUGGAUAAUAUUUUUAAGAUCUCAGGCUGCGCAUCUCAACACCUUCCAAAAGUUUGUCAGGACAGUCCCUACCGCACCAUUACUGGAGAGUGCAAUAACAGGAGAAAUCCCAAUCUUGGCGCUUCCAACACAGGGUUUACACGUUUGCUGCCUGCUCAGUAUGAGGAUGGUGUGUACCUCCCUCGAGGCUGGACUGAAAAUCGUAGAAUUAAUGGGUUCCGUCUGCCUUUGGCACGUCAAGUAUCCAAUGAAAUUGUCAGAUUCCCUACUGAAAAUAUCACCCUAGACAAUGGUCGAGCACUUAUGUUUAUGCAGUGGGGACAAUGGACAGACCAUGACCUUGAUCUCUCCCCUGAGACUCCUGCAAGGUCAACUUUUCUUGAAGGUGUGGACUGUGAUCACAGCUGUGAAAGAGAGCCCCCCUGCUUUCCACUUAAGAUUCCACCAAAUGAUCCUCGGUUUACAAAUCGCAGUGACUGUAUCCCAUUGUUCCGCUCCUCUCCUGUAUGUACUCCAGGCUCUCCAAUCCGUGAACAGAUAAACAUACUUACCUCUUUUCUUGAUGGGAGCCAAGUGUAUGGCAGUGAUCUGGCGCUGUCUUUCCGACUACGUAAUAAUACGAAUCAGUUUGGACUCUUGGCUAUUAACCAAAACAUCUCGGACAAUGGACUGGCUUAUCUUCCAUUUGAAAAUUCAGCACAAGAUUUCUGUAUGCUGACUAAUAUAUCAGCUGGAAUCCCCUGUUUCUUGGGAGGAGACCCCCGUGUCAGUGAGCAACCUGGCCUGACUACCUUUCACACAGUUUUUGUACGUGCACACAACACUAUAGCAACAGAACUACGGAGGUUGAACAGACAAUGGUCUGGUGAGACCUUGUAUCAAGAAGCUAGGAAGAUCGUGAUAGGAAUCUUACAGAAAAUAACAUACAAAGAUUGGCUGCCGUUACUAUUGGGAUCAGAGACACCCAAUGUUCUCCCAAGAUAUAGAGGUUACAAUGAGUCUGUAGAUCCAAGAGUGGCCAAUGUAUUCACUGUUGUUUUCCGCAUGGGCCAUACUCUCAUACAGCCACUCGUAUAUCGCCUUGAUGAUGGCUAUCGUCCCUAUGCACCACAGCCACAGAUGCCCCUUCACACGACUUUUUUCAAUAGCUGGCAAGUGGUGAGAAAAGGUGGAAUUGAUACUCUUCUCCGAGGACAGAUUGCAAAUCGAGCAAAACUAAACCGUCAAAAUCAACUGGUAGUGGAUGAGUUAAGGGAGCGUCUCUUCCAGUUCUUGAAGCGUACUGGACUUGACUUACCAGCUAUCAACUUGCAAAGGGGUCGUGAGCAUGGUCUACCAGGAUACAAUGCAUAUCGAAGGUUUUGUGGACUUUCUGCACCACGCAAUGUGAAUGAGUUAGCGGCUGUGCUGAAUAACAGGGAGCUGGCCCAAAAGUUCAUAAAUCUUUAUGGAACACCUGAAAACAUUGACAUCUGGGUUGGAGGGGUUGCAGAACCUCUAGUCAGCAAUGGCAGAAUUGGGAAGCUGCUUACAUGUCUGAUUGGCAACCAGUUCCGCAGGGCUCGAGAUGGAGACCGGUUUUAUUAUGAGAACCGUGGAGUGUUCACCUCAGCUCAGAAGAACGCAAUAGAGAAAGUGACAUUUGCGCGUGUCAUCUGUGACAACACUAAGAUUAAUGAGAUUCCUCGUAAUGUUUUCAUGGCCAAUCAGUAUCCUCGGGAUUUUGUGAGUUGUUCCCGCAUCCCAGCCCUGGACCUUACACCAUGGAGAGCAACUUAAGCUGAAAAUGGUGAGCUUACCAAGCAUCACCUAAGAGAUAAAUGUUACCAUCUCAGAACCAAAGAUUACUUAACAAACCGGAACACAUCAAUUCUCCAAGAGAAUGACAGCGCUACUUUUUUCCUGUAUAUAGUACAAUACAAUCAUGUUUUAUUGUUUUCUGUAUUGCUUAAAAAUUGUGAGGGAAAUCGAUCAACAGGCGCGUAACUCUUGUGUAGUGAUAGUAAAGGUACCCGGGCCAUGUUGCCUGUGGGAACCCUAAAGAUCUCUGCCACAUAAAAAGGGACCAGAUAUGGGACCAGUUAAGAUCUUGCACUGGGACUGAGGAGCUUCAAGUUAUACCUUUGUCAAAAGUGGAGAUAAAGAAUAAUGCAGUAGUCAAUCAACUAAUCGGAUUCCAUAUUUCGUUAUUAAGUGGCCCUUUAGAGAAUAUAAGCAGUUCCGUGAUUGGCUGCCAUGUGUUACUACUCCACUUUUCUUUCCUUCACUUUUGAUAAAAAUUCCCCUGUAUUCCUACCUAAAUAUACUUCUUAGCUUUGUAUAUUUUUGUCUUCUCUUUUACUCAGUAUAUACAAAUAUUGAAUAUUUCAUAAAUGCUUGCUUUUUUCCUUAAUAAAAAAAAGAAACCUUAUGCAAUGUUACAAAUAAAAUAAAA